ACGGCGCGUAAACUUCCGGCGUAGGUCCCGCCGUUUCCGCUUCCGGCGCGGCGGCGUGUGCGAGGCGCGGGGCGAUGCGGCCGCUGACGGAGGCGGAGACGAGGGCGGUGUUCGAGAAACUGGGCAGAUACAUCGGCGAGAACAUCCAGCUGCUCGUGGACCGGCCCGACGGCACCUACUGCUUCCGCCUGCACCGCGACCGCGUGUACUACGUCAGUGAGAAGCUGCUCAAGUUGGCCGUGAGCAUCCCGCGGGACAGCCUGGUGGCACUGGGCACCUGCUUCGGCAAGUUCACCAAGACGCAGAAGUUCCGGCUCAAUGUCACCGCCCUGGACUUCCUUGCACCCUAUGCCAAGUACAAGGUGUGGGUGAAGCCGGGCUCGGAGCAGUCCUUCCUCUACGGCAACCACGUGCUCAAGUCUGGCCUGGGCCGCAUCACAGAGAACACAGCGCAGUACCAGGGCGUGGUGGUGUACUCCAUGGCUGACAUCCCACUGGGAUUUGGAGUAGCUGCAAAAUCCACCCAGGACUGCCGGAAGGUGGACCCCAUGGCCAUCGUGGUGUUUCACCAGGCGGAUGUUGGGGAGUACGUGCGCAAUGAGGACACACUGACUUAAUGCAGUGCAAACGCUCAGGAGUCACAAGCAUCCCUGGGCAGAAUGGACUUGUCCUGCAUCAUACGUGGCAGCAGCACACGGAGCCAUAGGGAGCACACCCCAACCAGGGAGCAGCCACUGCCACUGUGAGCACAAAGAGGCACCAGCCCUGCUGCUGUGGUUGCAUAAAGCCUGUUCUUUCUUCCUAA